AAUUUAGAAAAGCUGAUUUAAAGGAAGAGGCCAGGAGAGGUGCUACAAGGUAUUCAGAGAAAUUAGGAUCUCCGCCCCCCCACCCUCUCUCUCUCUCUCUCUCUCUCUCUCUCUCUCUCUCUCUCUCUCUCUCUCUCUGGGGCGUGUUCAAUACAAAAGCAGGUCUAUUAUAAUUUGUGUUUUUCCAGUGGUGAGACACUUGUGAAAAACCUGACUCCUCAUAGCAGCCCUUCAGUCUUCUAUCAAGAUGCAGAGGUGGGCUGUGAUCUGUUGGGUUCUCCUGGCUCUGGUUGGUGCUGAUGAGUGUCCAGAUGGAGGGAGAUGUGCAGUCGGCCAAACCUGCUGCAACGACCCGUCCAGUGGCUUUGAGUGCUGCCCGUUUGAUCAGGCUGAGUGCUGUGGGGAUCAUAUACAUUGCUGUCCUAUGGGAACACUCUGCGAUAAUGCCACGUCCAGCUGUUUGAACUCUACUGGUUCCAUCCCCUGGGUGGAAAGAGCUUCUGCUGAGCAGCCCAGACUCUCGAAAUCCUUCAGGAUGAUCAAGGCGAACAUGGGGGAGGAAGACGACAACAUCUGUCCUGAUCAGUCACGAUGCCCACCUGAGUAUUCCUGUCUGAGGGCUUUGACAAGGUUUGGCUGCUGUCCCCUAGCUCAGGGAGUCCCCUGCUCUGAUGGGAAACACUGCUGUCCUGAGAGCCACCAGUGCAGCGCAGACAGCCACUCAUGCAUCAAAAAAGAGCUUGUGUCUACGGUUCUGUGCAGCGACGGAGUGUCAGAGUGUCCAGAUGAAACCACCUGCUGUGAAACCUCAGAAGGAAAGUGGGGGUGCUGUCCCAUGCCAAAGGCUGUGUGCUGCGAGGAUAAGACACACUGCUGUCCUGAAGGGAGUAUAUGUGAUGUCGAACACUCAAAAUGUAUUUCCCCAUCUACCAAAAAACAAACCCCAAUGUGGGCCAAACUUCCUGCCAGGAUUAGAGCCGACUGGGAGAACCAGAAGGGUGAACAAUCCACCGCAGAGACAGUUGUUGACAGUGGCUCAGAAAAAAACCCUGAAGUCCCCACAGUGAUUACAGUUCCUCCUUUAGAGAAAGAAGUAUUAUCUGUCACUAAGGCAGCUGCAGGCAAUAAUGUCCCAUGCAAUGAUACAGCAUCCUGUCCAGAUAACACCACAUGCUGUAAAACCAAAGAGGGCGGCUGGGCUUGCUGUCCUAUGCCCGAGGCUGUAUGUUGUGAAGAUUUAAUUCACUGCUGCCCAAAAGGUAAGAAAUGUAACCUGGCUGCUCAGACCUGCGAAGACGACACAUGUUCUGUGCCGUGGCUCAAAAAGGUACCCACAAUCCCCAGACAGGGCGUGAAGGUACCCGCAAUCCCCAGACAGGGCGCACAGGUGGGGAAUGUUUCAUGUGACUCCACCACCACCUGUCCUGAUGAAACCACCUGCUGCAAGACCACAACAGGAACCUGGGCCUGCUGUCCUCUACCUCAGGCGGUCUGUUGUGAAGACCAUGAACACUGCUGCCCUGCUGGCACCACCUGUGACCUGACCACGCUUUCGUGUGUCGGCACCUUGGGCUCAACGCCCAUGAUGCAGAAGAAACCUGCGGUUGCCACGGCGGCACCCGCUACAGUGGGCGCUACAACCCAAAGUCAGGCAACAAGCACAGAGCAAACAGUGGAGCCCGAGACAAAGGAGGUGAUGAAAGCACAGGAGACAAACGACGAAGAGGAGGAGGAGAAUGAGGAAGAUGAUGAGGAGGAAGGCAUUCAGUGUGACGCCCACACCAGGUGCCCUCCAUCCACCACCUGCUGCUUUAUGACCUCGUCUCAAAAGUGGGGCUGUUGCCCGCUGCCACAGGCGGUGUGUUGCGCUGACGGGAGCCACUGCUGUCCCAACGGCUACACAUGCAACGAGAGCGAGACCUCGUGUGUCAAAGGGGAAGUGGUGAUUCCCUGGUACACCAAGCUGCCAGCCACCUCCAGCAUCGAGGCUGAUCCCAGCUCUGUGCAGUGCAACGGGCUGCAUCAAUGUCCCCAACACACCACCUGCUGCCAGCUGUUGACGGGCGAGUGGGGCUGCUGCCCGCUGCAAAAUGCUGUGUGCUGCCAAGACAUGAAGCACUGCUGCCCACAGGGUUACACCUGUAACAUCGUCUCUAACUCCUGUCAGAAGGUCAUCAUGCUGCAGCUGGACACCCUCCCGCUAACACUGGUGUCUCUGCCCGAAAAUCAACCCCUGCUCAUUCCCUCAAAGCAAAGAGAUGUCCCGUGUGAUGAACAGUUCAGCUGUCCAGACAACGAGACCUGCUGCAGGACCUCCCCUACUGAAUGGGGCUGCUGUCCAUCUCCUAAUGCGGUGUGCUGCAACGACAUGAAGCACUGCUGUCCCACUGGUUACACCUGCACCGAUACUGGAGACUGCAUACAGGACAGCUGGCUCCCCUGGCACAACUGGCACGUGUUCCUCAGCAACAAAAAGAGAGCUUUAAUUUUGUGAAAACACCUCCCCUGCACUGUCAUCUGUUUCUGCAUGCAACGCACUAAUUGAAAAUAAUGUCAAAGGGAUUUUAUGAUCAUUUUUAAAUGCUUUGUUCUAAGAGGAAAGUAGUACAGGGAGAAGGGGACACUGUGACAUUGAAUUGCACUUUGGAGUUAUAAUGUUCUGCAACAACUACAUGCAACAAGAUCAGGGCAUUAAGACUUUAAUAACUAUUUUUAAAAGUCAGAUCAUUGUUAUUACAAGCACAGUUACAAGCUACUUCAAACUCUACUCCAUCCAUAAAAAAAAACACUCCACAGGCAAUGUGAUUGUAUUCCCUGUCAAUCAACUGUAUCUUCUGCUUUAGCUACCAUGUGCUGUAAAGUACACUUCUCUAUCAAUAAUUACUCACAAUUGAAUCAGAGGUGUCCACUAAAAUCUGUGUUUUCAUUUUGUGCAUGGUGUUGCCACCGUGAGGCAAACAUAUAAAAAAACAUGCUUGUUCUACAUUUUCCAUAAAACUAAUAAACAAGAUCUGAUGUUACAACA